GAAAUCUGGCAACCUUGCUGGAAGUCGUAUCUUUCAUCUUCUUUUGUGCUUUGCACGUGGGAUAUGUUCGUGUACUGAUUCAGCGCUGAUCGGUUUAUUUUGGAAAUUGGUUAUCUCGAUCAGUACAAGAAUUCAAUCAUGGCAACUACUAAAGUCGACAAUCCUGAAAAGCCAGGACAGGAAGUUACUCCUAUUCAUCGAAUUAGGAUCACACUUACAUCGCGCAAUGUUCGUUCUCUUGAGAAAGUGUGUGCGGAAUUAAUCAAUGGAGCUAAAAAGCAAAAAUUGAAGGUCAAAGGACCUGUUCGUAUGCCAACCAAGGUUCUAAGAAUAACAACUCGCAAAACGCCAUGUGGUGAGGGUUCGAAGACCUGGGAUCGAUUCCAGAUGCGAAUUCACAAGAGAGUGAUCGAUUUAUAUUCGCCAUCAGAGAUUGUGAAACAAAUCACAAGCAUUUCUAUCGAGCCUGGUGUAGAGGUGGAAGUAACGAUUGCUAAUGAAUAAACAAUGACAUUAAAACUACAAAGUUUUAAUAAAAAUAUUUAAAAACUUAAAACA